CGACGGGCAACUCUCUCUUCCCUACUUCACGACAGGACGAUACGACAGAAACCGACUCGUGCAUCACACACCCCCUCCUCCACCGCAAAUAUGCCCGCCAUCCGGCACGCCUCGAAGCGCAAAGCCCCGCCCGCGGGCUUCAGCGACAUCGAAGACUCCUUGUUGGUCUUCGCGAACAAGAUGAAAGACGCCGAGAACGCGCCCACAACCGCGGCCCCGAAGCACCAAGCGCUCUGGCCGAUCUUCCAAAUCUCGCAUCAGAGGAGCAGGUAUGUAUGGGAGCUGUAUAAGCAGGAGAAGAUUAGCAAGCAGCUGUAUGAGUGGUUGUGUAAGAAUGGGUAUGCGGAUGCGAUGUUGAUCGCGAAGUGGAAGAAGGAUAGCUAUGCCAAGCUUUGUUGUUUGAGGUGCAUACAGACUAAGGAAACGAAUUUCAACUCGACUUGCAUAUGUCGCGUGCCGAAGUCGAAUCUGAAGGAGGGUCAGGAGGUGGAGUGCGUGAACUGUGGGUGCAAGGGGUGUGCGUCUGGGGAUUGAGCAGAGCGCUCAUCAUGUCGAUGGAGAGAGGCCGGUCCGUCACGUUAUGGGAAUAUCAGGAAGGGAACGAGAGGAGGAAGGAAGUUCAGCGGAACAAACGCACGCCGCUGCGAUAUUGGUUGGCAUGGUGUUCUUUUUUGCAUGGCGUCUGUUGGGAAGGAUUACUACAGUCUUACAUCACUUCAUAGGUUCAGAAUACCGAUAAGUUCAUCACCCAUCAACCUUUUUUCACCUGCC